AUGCUAACUACUGGACAACCGGUCCUGAAAUGGGAGGAUGUGGAAAUUGGGGAGCUUAAUGAUGGAGAGAUCAGAGUGAAGAAUAAAGCCAUCGGCUUGAACUUCAUCGAUGUUUAUUUCCGGAAAGGGGUUUACAAGGCUCCAACAAUACCCUUCACUCCUGGAAUGGAGGCUGUUGGUGUGGUGACAGCUGUAGGGCCCAGGCUUACUGGAAGAAAAGUUGGGGAUGUUGUUGCUUAUGCAGAAGAUUUUGUUACGCGUGUCAACGAGAUAACAUCCGGUAAAGGCGUUGAAGUUGUAUACGACUCUGUUGGGAAGGACACUUUCGAGGGAUCACUGGAAUGUUUGAAGCUCCACCUUAAUGCAAUACACAGUGACUCGGACGAACUUCUGCAGACAGCCUCUGAAGUUUUCACCAAUGUGGGCUCGGGCAUCUUACGGGCCCGAGUAGUGAAUCAUACGUACCCAUUGUCUCAAGCGGCGCAGGACCAUGAGGACCUUGAGAACAGGAAGAUGACUGGCUCUGUCGUGCUCAUACCUGAUGGAUGCUAAAAUGUGUGUGUGGGUGUGUGCGCGUGUUUUCUGGGAAGACUGAUGUAAAGAACCAUGUGGAAAUAAGGGAAUUAUUGACUAGUUUUAGAAGUGUUUUGAGUGUCCUUUUUUUAUUUGUGUUGGAUUAAUAGUGUGUGUUUUAGCUUGAAUUUUAUGCUUUUACAAUGUAGGGUUGUUGUUCAUUGUGUUUCACUAGUUUCACUGCUGUCGUUUUCCAGUAUAUAUAAACUUUCAUUAAAUGAAGUAAAUUUCCUUACUAA